AAGUACCUUGUAUUGACGUUUCUCUAUUCCCAUACAAGGAGGGGCAUUCCCUGUAAUUACAUUCCACAUACGUGUCCUUUUUCGGCAUUUCGCUUUCCGAACUAGCCCUUACAAAAUUUUAGCUAACCCUAAAUUUUUACCCUUUUUUUUCAAUUGCCGCCAAUUGUCGGAUCUAGAUUCUUUCUCACCCAAAUUCGAUCUUGAUUUUCACUCUGAAUCAUCGAUUCGUUAUCGGAUUCGAUCGGUCCUCGCUAUCCUCUUCCGAUCGAUCCCAAUUUUAUCGCCAGCCACGGCUUCGAUCGAUUUCUAGGGUUAGGGUUUUCGAAAUUUUUGUUCGAUCUGUGCAUACGAUAUCAGAUCUGUGAAACCUUUUCUUUAAUUAGGGAUUUUGGGUUCUGGGUCUUGUUUUUCUCCUUCAAUUUCUUCCGAUUUGUAUAAAAAUUUCGCGGUUUUAUGUUUGAGUUUCUGGGUUUGAUUCUUUUAGGGUUUGUUUGAUUCAUAGAUCUGUUCUGUUUCUUGGUUUUUCCUCUGUAAUCGGUGUAUUUAUUUGUGGGUUGGGUUCAAUUUUGGGGAUUUCGUUGAAUCUUUGAAGAUCUAGGGUUAGGGUUUGGAGAAAAUUAUUUAUUUCGUUGAAUUAGGUUGGGGAAAAGUGAAAAUUUUACCAUUAUUCACCAAAUUUGUCCAUUAAUUUAUCGUAAGCUUACUAUAAUUUCCCGAUCCAACGAUCCGAUAUAUCAUUUGCUGAAGACUGUUUCUUGAGUUAAAAAUGGUACAGAAAAGGCGUUUUGAUGAUGAUGAUGAUGAAAUAUUUGACGUUUCUUCCAAGCUUCCAAGACAAUUGGAAGACAAUAAUCGGCUAGUUUCGUUUUCGGAAUCUGUUUUUCCUGGAAAUGCUUCCCAGGUCCCUCAAACAUUAGAGGGUGGAUUCCUAAAAGGCAAUAUUGAAGUUGAUGAGAAGCUCAGUGACAUUUUUACUGAUCUUCCAAGAAGUAGUGAGGACAAUGAAGCCAUUGUUCCUGGCUCCACUUCCAUCUCCUCCUGGGCAACCAGUAGUACAAGUGAAGAAGAUUUCCGGUCAGAGGCACCAGUUCAUGUAUCUUUUUUCCCAGAAUUUUUUUAUGCCGAGCGUCCUACAAAGACAUUAACUCACUGUGAUGAUGCCUAUUCUAUACUUUUUGAUCAUCCUCCUCGGAAACCUGUUCCUACUGGACCCAACCAUCAAGCUGAUAUUCCAGCAUGGAGUUCACAGGACACCAAGAGCACUUCAACUCAUUUAGGCACACCUGAAGCAGUUUCAGACUCUGACCUCACUGUUAGGGAUGAAGAUGAGAAGAGACUGAUGGGGACCUGUGUCAUUCCAAUGCCUGAUUUGGAUUUAUCUGUGUGCAAUGGUGACAAUGUUGGUAAUGGUAGAACUGAUUGCAGCUGUGAGGAUGGGGGUUCUGUUAGAUGUGUCCGACAGCACAUUACAGAAGCAAGAUAUAAACUUUUAGAGAAUGUUGGGCAAGAAAUAUUUGUGGAGUUGGGGUUUUCUGACAUGGGAGAGCAUGUGGCACAGAAAUGGAGUGAGGAGGAGGAAGAUUUAUUUAAUGAAAUUGUCUUCUCAAAUCCAGCAUCAUUGCACAAGAAUUUCUGGAAGAAUCUCCCUAGUGCCUUCCCCUCCCGAACCAAAAAGGAGAUUGUCAGUUACUAUUUCAAUGUUUUUAUGCUUCAAAGGAGGGCUGAGCAAAACAGAUGCGACCCAAUGAACAUCGACAGUGACAAUGAUGAAUGGCAUGGGAGUGAUGAUUAUGGUGACAAUGAACAUGGAGUGACAGAGGAUGAGGAUUCUGUUGUUGAAUCUCCUUUAUGCCACAACAAUCCUGUUUAUGAUCGGAUCAGGGAGGAUGAUUUGCAAGAGUAUGCUGAGGAUUCUGCAGAUGGAACUUGUGAUGAUGACAAAAAGGCAAAUGUUGUUAGUGGAGAGGGUGUCACCAAUAUUUCAGAAACAAACCCAAAGAAGUUGCUUGACAACUGUGGUUCCAGUCCCACAGUUCAGCUCCAGGAUAAAACUUCUUGGGAUGAAAGGGGAGAUGAGGAAGUCCAAGAUGAUUCAUGCUUGUCUUCGGACACUGGGGUUGCCUCACAAGGAAUUCAGGCGAAGUCUGAAAAUGGCAGUCACUGGUCGAGUAGCGGUAGUGUUAACAAGUUAAGCAGUGGGGUUGGCCAUGAGUACAUCAUGGAGCCUUGUGACAAUAAAGCUUGGGAUGCUGGGUUCAUGACUUGCCCCAAGAAUAAAGUUGACUUGUUGCCAACUUGCAGCAUGAUUGAAGAGAUUUUUGGAGACGGAUCUUGGAAAUAGAGCUUGAGCUAGUGUUGCUAGUCCUAGCAUCAGAGGUAGUUCUGGGAAGCACCAGGAUUUUGAGGCUUUCAUAUUAAGCAAAUCUACUAAGUGUUUAUCUCAUAAAAAAGUAUAGUGAUAGUUUUAACUUCUUUUUUCUCUUUGUACAUUUGCCUCCUCUGUAAGAUAGAGUUGUAGAAGGUGAUUGGUUCAAUGUGUUUAGGCUUUAAUUCUUGUUACUUAUCACCUAUUUUUGUUAUUUGAGAAAUGUGAAUUUGCAUUCACACCUAAAAAGAAAUCAACAAUGGUUAUCUUUC